CUCCCUCGGGGCUCAGGCGCUGCCCGGCUCUUUUCCUUCCCGCAGGCCCGGCGGAGGUGGUGAUGGAUUAUUCGUACGACGAGGACCUAGACGAGCUCUGCCCCGUCUGCGGGGAUAAGGUCUCCGGCUACCAUUACGGGCUGCUCACCUGCGAGAGCUGCAAGGGCUUCUUCAAGAGAACCGUGCAGAACAACAAGCACUACACGUGUACGGAGACGCAGAACUGCAAGAUCGAUAAGACGCAGCGCAAGAGGUGCCCCUACUGCCGCUUCCAGAAGUGCCUGACUGUGGGGAUGAGGCUUGAAGCCGUGCGUGCUGACCGCAUGCGAGGGGGACGGAACAAGUUUGGGCCCAUGUACAAGCGAGACCGUGCCUUAAAGCAGCAGAAGAAAGCGCUGAUCCGGGCCAACGGCUUCAAGCUAGAGACCACUCCGCAGAUUGUGUCCCCCGUGCAGGCGGACUAUGGCCUGCCUACCUCCCUGCAUGGUGUGGCCCACCCAGCCUCCAAGGGCCUGCAGCCCACUGCCAUGACGCCUGUCGACUAUGAGCGGAGCCCCUAUGGGACCCCGGCCAUGGGCAUGCCAGUGCCAGGCCACGGGCCACUCUCCGGCUACCACUAUCCAUCCUUCCCCAGCCGGGCCAUCAAGUCCGAGUACCCUGACCAUUACGCACACCCUCAUGAGGCCGCUCCGGCCUACGCCUACCCAGAGGCCUAUCCCAACAGCUCACCGGCUGCACCCGAUGUCCCGGACGUGAUCCUGAAACUGCUCCAGCUGGAGCCUGAUGAGGAGCAGGUCAAAGGGCGCAUCCUGGCCUGCCUGCAGCAGGAGCAGUCCAAGAGCCGCCAUGACAAGCUCAGCCCCUUCGCCUUGAUGUGUAAGAUGGCCGACCAGACCCUCUUUGCCAUUGUGGAGUGGGCCCGCAGCUGCCUCUUCUUCAAGGAGCUGGAGGUGGGAGACCAGAUGAAGCUGCUGCAGAACUGCUGGAGUGAGUUGCUGGUGUUUGACCACAUCUUUCGGCAAGUGCAGUAUGGGAAGGAGCAUAGCAUGCUGCUGGUGACAGGCCAGGAGGUGGACAUGUCAACAGUCGCUACACAGGCAGGGUCUAUCCUGAACAACCUGGUGCUGAGGGCACAGGAGCUGGCGCUCCACUUGCAUUCCCUCCAAGUAGAUAGGCAAGAGUUUGUCUGCUUGAAGUUCCUCAUUCUCUUCAGUCUUGAUGUAAAGUACCUGGAGAAUUCCAGCCUUGCAAAAGAUGCCCAGGAGAAAGCCAAUGCAGCACUGCUGGAGUACACCAUCUGCCACUAUCCUCACGCCACGGACAAAUUCCGGCAGCUGCUUCUCUGGCUAGCUGACAUCCGGUCUCUCAGCAUGCAGGCUGAAGAGUACCUCUACCACAAGCAUCUGAGUGGGGAGGUCCCUUGUAACAACCUUCUGAUCGAAAUGCUCCACGCCAAGCGGACUUGAGUGUGACCUCCCCCCACCUUUUCAUGGGAAGACUUUGGUGAAGGAGAUGCUGGGGCAGAUGGGAAAGAUGGUCAGGAGAAUGUCUCCUUGCCUGCUGGCCAUUUCCCUCAAUAGUUCUGUUUAAACCAAGCCAGUGAAAAACUCCAGACAGCUUAAUAUGAAUAUACAGUAUCUGUGGGAGUUUACUACUCUGAAACUGUAGUCCUUCUGCAUUCAGUGUGCCCAGCCCUGAGUUUUAGGGUUUUGUUCCUUUUAUCCCCUCAUGAGGCACAGGAAAGUAUUGCAUCCAAGAGCCCUGAGGCUUACCAGUGCAAGGCUGCCCUUGAUGGCAGUUUGGAGGCUGAAACUGGUAAAGAAUGGUUAGAGACG